AACCAGGAAUGAAUGAAUGACUUUGAAUAGCCAGUUUAAUUGUUGGUUUGAAUUUUCCUCUUCUUUUUUCCUUUUUCUCUUCUGCCCGUCUUCUUUUUAAGCUUAAAAAAAAAAAAAAAGGUCGGAGCGCCCAGGAAAAAAAGAUUGCGGAUGGUUGAUCGGGUGCAGAGGAAGAAGGAAGGCUAUUUGGAUGGGGGGGCGGCGGAGUGAGAGGGCGGCUUGAGGUCCUGGGAGAUUUCAGAAACAGAAAUUGGCAGCAGAAGACCAGAAGAGAGUCUCUCUCUCUCUCUCUCUCUCUCUCUCUCCCCCCCCCUCCGUCUCUCCCCCUUUCUUUCUCUUUCCUUCUCUCUCUUUUUCUCUUUCCUUUCUCUUUCUCUUUCCCUUCCUCUCUUUCCUUUCUCUUUUUUUCUUUCGUUUUCCUUCUCUCUCUUCACUUCUCUCUCUCUCUCCUCUCUUCCUUUCCCUUUCAAUCUCUCUCUCUCUCUCUCUCUCUUUGAGUUGCGCCCACCGCCUUCUCGGCUGAAGGAUGACACCAACGGCAUUCUUCGGUAGGAUUAUCCGGCACCCUUGGUUUCCCCCUCGGCUGCCGCCUCGGCGUCACGCGGCGACCUCCAGCGUCCUUCUUCUAAAAGGGGAAGCCAGGAGCCAGGGAGGGUGUUUAGGUUGUGCGUGUGUGGACGGGCCUCGAGAGUGGUGCACGGCGGGGAAUCCUUCCUUCCCACGCCGCUCGUUUAAAGCAGGCGGAAAGACGGCGAUCUAUUCCGCCGGUCGAUUUAUUUCCGACCGCUUGGUUUUCGUUUCUUUUCUAGGGUAAACGCGAUUCUUCCUCCGUUACCGCCAGCUAAGGUUCCCCCAAAAAAAGUCGCGGCGACUUUCCACUUUUGAAAGCUCCGAUCUAUUGUAACUCUUAAGAGGUGUCUUGCAUCGGAUGCGGCCGCCAUGGACGAAAGCGGGGUAGCCCGGAGCAUCUGGGAUGGAGACGCCAAAGCCGUCCAGCAGUGCCUGACGGACAUUUUCACCAGCGUCUACACCACCUGCGACAUCCCGGAGAACGCCAUCUUCGGCCCCUGCGUGCUCAGCCACACCUCGCUCUACGACAGCAUCGCUUUUGUCGCGCUCAAGUCCACGGACAAGAGGACCGUCCCCUAUAUAUUCCGGGUGGAUACUUCGGCGGCCAACGGCUCCUCCGAAGGCCUGAUGUGGCUUCGCUUGGUCCAGUCGGCUCGGGACAAAGAGGAGCAAAACCUGGAGGCCUACAUCAAGAACGGACAGUUGUUUUACCGCUCCCUGCGGAGGAUUGCCAAAGACGAGGAGUUGUUGGUGUGGUACGGGAAGGACCUGACCGAGCUGUUGCUGCUGAGCCCUGCGAGGUCCCAGGGCAAGAUGAAGGCUUCGUCUCCGCACACCUGCCUGGACUGCGGCCAGCGUUUCCAAUUCGAGUUCCCCUACGUGGCGCACCUGCGGUUCCGCUGCCCCAAGAGGUUGCCCGGGGCGGACAGCAGCCCAGCCGAGGACCCCAGCCCUAAAAACAGCAGCCCCAAGGAGCACGAAGGCGCCGGCAAGUUCCACGGCAAACAGGUCGGGGGUCAGCCCCAGAUCCAGCCCCCCACCCACCGCCACCACUACCACUGCGGCCCGGAUAGCAACGGCGGCGUGACCAAGCCGUCCACGGAUUUCCACAACUUGGCCAGAGAGCUGGAGAACUCGCGACCCAGCAACGGCAGCGGGUCUCCCCCCGGGAGCCGGGAGCAGCCGGCGUCCAGCCUCGACGGCCACGCCAGCCCCGGAGCCAAAGCUAAACGGAAAUACUCCGGAGGUGACACGCUGGCCGAAGAGCGAGGUUCGUCGGGGGCCCGGGGGCGCUUGGAGAGGCCGAUCCCUUCGUCGCCCAAGGAGGACCUGGUCUGCACCCCGCAGCAGCAAUACCGGCCGGCGGGGAGUUACUACGGCUUGGACGACGCCAGCCGCCUCUACCGGCCGCCCAGCCCGGACACCGGCGACGCCAAGAGAAGCGCCUUCGUGGAGGUGAAGAAAGCCUCGCGCGGCGUGGAGAACGGAGCCGGAGGGGACGAGGAGAAAGAGCGCGGAUCCCCAGCAGGAGGCGGCGGAGGCGCCUCCUCCGCCGCGGACAAGCCUAACCCUCUCCCCUCGCUGCUGGGCGGCCGCUCCGGAGGAAGCGCCUUCUCCACCGUGCCCUCCUCGCAGCCCUCCGGCGGCGCGGUCAACCCCGAGGAGCGCAAGAGCGCUUUCUCGCAGCCGGCGCGCUCCACUUUCUCGGCGCAGCUAGUGCUGGGACAGAAGCUGAGCGCUCUGGUGGAAGGAGGAGGAGGAGGAGGAGGUGUUGGUGUUGGUGGUGGAGGAGGAGGCGGCUGCCACCCGGGCGCAGAAGGAGCCGCGCGUCUUUACGCAUCGGAGCCACUCAAGCUGUCCGGUGCGUCUGGAGAGCUUGGCAACGGGGCAGCUGCGCCUGGAAGCACAGGAGGAGGAGGAGGAGGCGAAGGAGCCGGCGGAGGGGUCGGGCCCGGAGGAGGAGGAGGUGGUGGUCUGCCCAAGCAAAGCCCCUUCCUCUACGCCACCACUUUCUGGCCCAAGAGCUCGGCGGCGGCCGGGGCCGCUGCGGCUGCUGCGGCGGCCGCGGGCCCCCUCCAGCUCCAGCUGCCUUCGGCCCUGACGCUGCUGCCGCCCUCCUUCACCUCGCUCUGCCUGCCGGCUCAGAACUGGUGCGCCAAGUGCAACGCCUCUUUCCGCAUGACGUCCGACCUGGUGUACCACAUGCGCUCCCACCACAAGAAGGAGUACGCGCUGGAGCCGCUGGUGAAGAGGCGGCGGGAGGAGAAGCUCAAGUGCCCCAUUUGCAACGAGUCCUUCCGCGAGCGCCACCACCUCUCGCGGCACAUGACGUCGCACAACUGAAUCCACAACCACCCAGACCCGGCGCUGCUGCGCUUGCACCCGGGAUCCCCCCACACACGCACCCAUCCCAUACACGCAGACGCGCCGCCGGCCCUUCGCUUCUGCAGCUGGCACCUUUGCUCUUUAUGCAAGGAUUGCGGGGCGUGGAUGGCGUGGAGUUUGUUUGGUUUGUUUGUUUUUUGCAAGGCGUGGACUCAAGGACGGUGGAUCCCAGAGGGAGGAGGAGAUCGUGGCUUAUUAAAAUGUGUGGUGUAAAGCAAGGGUGUCUCCAACCUUGGCAACUUUUAAGACUUGCGGACUUCAACUCUCACAAGUCUUUAAAGUUGCCAAGGAUGGAGACCCCAGGUGUAAAGGCGCCCAAAGAGUUGGAGGGAAGGAGAGUGUGUAAGUAGAGAGAUGCAAAGAAUGCGACAUGCUUGCAGGGCCUUGUGGGAGGUGUGCAUGCUCCCAGGCGUGUAAAAAAAAAAUUAAUAAUAAUACAAAGCACGGUUAUAAGUACAAAAAAAAAAAAUACAAUGUCAGCAAAAGAGACCAUGGUGGUGGGAUCAUUUAAUUCUGAGCCGUCUUAUCGGUGCAUUUCUGGAAUGACAAAACAAAAACCCUUACAUGUUAGCGGUUGCAAAAGUCUUUGAUUUUUAGGAAUACUCCAUCCAUCUUUUCAAUCUGGCCAGUGGAUGACGGGAGGGGGGGGGUUGAAAAGAAAAACGUUGGCAUGUCACUGCUUCUAAAUUGCAUUUUGGAGCACCCAUAAAGAAUGAGUGGCCGGAGGCCAUAUACCCAUAUAGCAAGAGGGCCCAACGCUGGGCUUGUGCAACAAGUUAAUCCUGGCUUGUUUGUGUUUUAGUUUAUAAAUUGCAAUUGGCAGAAGUCAGCGCCUCGCUAAACCACGGUAUGCAAACCACAAGGGGGCAGCUCAUACAACGCCGGAAUCUACAAACAAUGUUGGCUUGUUGUGCUACAGGAACAUAGAGAAUACCUUGUCUAAACUGGGAUUUCUAGCUUUGGGCUAAGUUGAAAUGUGGCUGGUUACAGUGGUUUAUUGCAGGGGUCUCCAGCCUUGGCAACUUUAAGACUUGUGGACUUCAAUUCCCAGAGUCCACAGGUCUUAAAGUUGCCAAGGUUGGAGACCCCUGGUUUAUUGUACGUUUACAUGUUUAUGUAAACUCAGCCAGGAUAGUUUGUAACCUUGCAUGAAUUCACUCAAGGAUGGCUUCAAGAAACCAGGAUGUACAACGGAAUGAACCUAGUCUAGAGUUUCCUUUCUCUGUAACAAAAUGGGCAGAUUCUGGGACUAUUUGUUUGGGUAUCUCAUGCAGCUGCAUUUUUUUGGCCUCCUUGGCUAUUAAAAAAAAAUGCAUUGAGUGGAAAAAUCUUCCAAAGCCCCAUUCAGGUGUCAUUUUGGUCUCCCUAAACUCAUGGAAAAAUGACUUUGUUCAUUAGAUGCGCUGCUCCCGUGGAACAGAAAUUGUAGGACAUUACCAAGCCAACCCCAUAGAUAUUUGGGGCGGGGGAGUUGUGGUGAGGUUUCCAGUGCUAUCUUAGGAAUAUGCACAUCAGCCUAUGGAAAUAAAUAAGCAUAUUUCUCUUUUAAUGCAAAGAAUGUGACCCCCGCUACUGGUUUCCUUACAUAAAUCGAGGCAAUGAUAAAUGAGGAAAGGGAGUGAAUAGGUAGAAAGAGGUACGCUUAUGAACCGAGCUUUGAAGCUUUACUCCCUGUAAGUGAAAACAUAAGGAGGUUAGUAGAGUUAGAAUCUAAAACCACCUACUUGUGAGUAAUCCAUAAGUAACCCUUUCAACAGCUGGCAGUUGUGCUGUGCUGUGCUGGAGCACAGCAGAGCAUAAAACAGGUUUUUGCAGCUAGAAAAUACUUCCACAGUCUGCAUUUAUGCUUUUCCCAAGAGCCCCCACCCAAGUUUGAAAUGAAACUUUGUACAUGCUUGGUGUCUAAUGGAGAUUUCUCAGUCAUCCAGGUCAUGGUUGUCCCAAAGGUGCUUUUUGGCAACUGAACUUUCUGGGUUUUUCUUUUGAAGACGUUUUGCUUCUCAUCCAAGAAGCUUCUUCAGCUCUGACUGGAUGGUGGGGGUCAGGAACCGAAGAAGCUUCU